CUGUGUGAACAGGUUAAUGUGUAUUGUUUGUUUUCCAGUUUAGCAGGCUAUGAGUGCGUGUGAUGGAGGACAGUCUAUGUGGGGACUUGGACCACCUGAUCCAAGAUGAGGACGCCAUCAUUGAGGGUGUCAGCAACCAAGUCCUAUUUGUCGUGGUGCUCAGUUUUACUUUCCUGGCCGGUCUGCUCACUCUGCUCUGCAGAGAAGAGAGACAGGACAUCCAUCCCGAGAAUCGGGAGCACGUCCGAGCCGUCCGCCAGCAGCUCCAAACAGAGCACGAUGAAAAUCCUCAGACGGAGUCCAGACAGCAGUAUUAUACGGACAUGUCGUGUCCCGUGUGUUUACAGCAAGCCGUUCUUCCUGUGGAAACUAACUGUGGACACCUUUUCUGUGGGUCCUGUAUUAUAGCUUACUGGAGGUUUGGUACCUGGCUGGGUGCUAUUAACUGUCCAAUCUGCAGACAAAUGGUCACUUUGCUCUUCCCUCUGUUUCACGCGCACCCCACGGCUCAGGCAACCCAGAACGGUGAGGCUGAACCACUGCUCCUGUUAAGAGACGUCAACGAUUACAACCGCAGGUUCUCAGGCCAACCGAGAUCCUUUAGGACAGGCUGCGUGACGUCCCCACCCUUCUUCGCCAUGCUUUCAGGGAGAUGUUUUCUGUGGGAGGCCUCUUCUGGAUGUUCAGGAUUCGGAUUCUUCUCUGCUUGUUAGGCGCCAUCACCUAUCUGGCCUCGCCGCUCGA